AUGCUGUCCAAGCCCUUCGUUGCCGCCUACGUGGCUUUGGCCACCGCGCUUCCUGCCUCUGCGCAGACCUCUACUGCCUGCAACCCGCUUGAUAAAUCCUGUCCCGCUGAUCCUGCUGUCGGCAAAAAGGGCAUCAGCUGCGACUUCACGCAGGGCGAAUGCUCCGCCUUUGAGGCUGAGGCCGGCAAGGCAGUCAUGUAUGAGUCCAACGGCGCCAUUUGCGCCAUGGCUGCCGUCCAUCAGGCCCCAACGCUCCGCUCCAAGGACGUCAUCAGCACCGUUGUGCUCCUCUCCGACGACCUCGACGAGAUUGACUGGGAGGCCAUCGGCUCCGAAAACAAGAUGAUCCAGUCCAAUGUCUUCUCCAAGGGUGAUCAGGCCUACCACAAGUUCGGCGGGUCUCCUCCUGUGGACGACAUUCGGAGCAAGGUCCACAAGUACACCGUCGACUGGACCCCCGACCGCAUCGAGUGGUCCGUGGACGGUACUGUCCAGCGCAUCCUCACUGCGAGCCAGGCAGUCGCUCGCUUCCCGAGCUCGCCUACCCAGGUUAAGCUCGGUGCCUGGAUCGCCGGCCACGACGGCAACGACCAGGACACUAUCACCUUACGUUGGUGUGCUUAG